ACCCCCCCUGGCAUGAGCCCCUCCGCCGGCGCCUAUCUGCAGAUGGCCGUGUCCUUCAACUACCGCUGCCUGGCACUCUUCACCGACACCGGCUACAUCUGGAUGGGGCUGGCCACGCUGAAGCGCAUCGAAGGGCGAGUAGGAGCUCUGCAGAACGCCCUGGACGAGUACUACAAAGCCAAGAACGAGUUUGCUGCCAAGUCAGAAAACGCGAGGUCUGAGGGCGCGUUCCAGGUCACCAUGCUGCCCGGAGACGGGGUGGGCCCGGAGCUCAUGCACGCCGUCAAGGAGGUGUUCAAGGCUGCCAGCGUGCCCGUGGUCUUCGACGAGCAUCACCUGAGUGAGGUGCAGAACACGGCGUCGGAAGAAAAACUGGAUCAGGUGGUUGACUCUAUGAAGGAAAGUAAAGUGGCCCUUAUAGGCAAGAUCCACACCCCCAUGGAGUACAAGGGAGAGCUGGCUUCUUACGACAUGAGGCUGAGGCGCAAAUUAGACUUGUUUGCAAAUGUUGUCCAUGUGAAGAGCUUACCAGGCUACAAAACACGCCACAACAACCUGGACCUCGUGAUCAUUCGUGAGCAGACGGAGGGGGAGUACAGCUCUCUGGAACACGAGAGCGCAAAGGGAGUCAUCGAGUGCCUGAAGAUCAUCACCCGGGCCAAGUCGCAGCGCAUUGCCAAGUUCGCCUUUGACUACGCCACCAAGAAAGGGCGCUCUAAGGUCACGGCCGUGCACAAAGCCAACAUUAUGAAAUUAGGCGAUGGGCUCUUCCUGCACUGCUGUGAAGAAGUGGCAGAACUGUACCCCAAGAUCAAAUUCGACACCAUGAUCAUCGACAACUGCUGCAUGCAGAACUCUGCCAGGGGUGUGGAAGAUGGUCCAUCACCGUGGCUUCUCCUCCCGCAGGGCGCCCGCCACCCCUUCGCCCAGGCCGUGGGCAGGAACAUCGCCAAUCCCACUGCCAUGCUGCUCUCGGCCACCAACAUGCUGCGGCAUCUCAACUUGGAAUUUCACUCCAAUUUGAUCGCGGAUGCGGUGAAGAAGGUGAUCAAAGUUGGAAAAGUUCGGACACGGGACUUGGGCGGUUACUCCACCACUUCUGACUUCGUGAAGUCUGUGAUUGACAACCUGCACCCCCACUAUGGUGCCUAG